AUGGAGAAAUGCGCGCCUGCCAACAUCCCAGAUAGUUGGGUCUAUGUAGAAGGAUUAACAGAAAAAGAUGUAGAAAAAGAUUAUGUAUUCCCUACUAUUAAAUAUUCAAGAAAAAUCAGUUUUUUGAAUUAUCAAAUGUAUUCAGUAAAAGAAUGCAAUACCACUGAUUGUGGAGUUCAAUGUUUGGAAAUGCCGAAAAACCAGGACAACUCGGACAAAUGCGAAAACAUUUUUGAUCGCAAUACUAAUACUAUUUAUCACUCAAAAUGGACAAAUGAAGGAACUACUUUCCCGGCUACUUAUUUGUUCAAUUUCUCUGAGACGGCAAAAUUCAAUUCAUUGCAAUUAAAAAUGAGAUUUGCAAGAGACUGUUUUGGUCUUUUUGAAGUCUUGUGUGGAGAUGAAAAGGAGGAAUUCACAAAAAUUCUUGAAGAAACGAAGAAUUCAACAGAAACUACAAGGACUUACACUUUCGAAGAAAUAUAUCAGUGCAAAUAUCUCAAAUUUGUAGUCAAAAAUAAUGCACAAAAUCAAAACUUCUUGGUAUUCCAAGAUCUCAAUUUGUUCCUUACACAAAAAUACAAAAAUUUGGCGAAACCGACGAGUAGGACGUUUAAUGUAAAUGGAUUCAAAGUAACCAAAAGAGCCGGACAUUUUGAAAAUAAACUAUUUGAAAAUAUCGAGGAGGGAAAAGGAGAAAUAUCUUUUAGAAUGAAAGGAAAACGGUUUGGUAUUUUUGGAGAUUACACUGAGGAUAUGGGGACUUGGGAAGUUCUCGUUGAUGGAAAAGAACCCCUAAUCACUCAAAGAAUGGAAUCAAAAAAAGAGCUGCCGAGAACUCUUUAUGACAUUUUUAUUUUUGAUGAAGGAGUCCAUGAAAUCAAGAUGAAAGUUAAGUCUGGAUUUGUAAACGUCGACGUAAUAGGAUUUGAUUAA